UGAGCCUUUUCGCUCUUUCCUUCUUUUUUUCCCCUCUUUAGACCCACCAUCUUCUGGGGGAGAAAAGUCUCGGAUUUUCUUUUAAUUUCUUUCUUUUUUUCUUUCUCUCUCUCUUUUGUUUCUUUGGGGAAUUUGUUUGUUUUUCUGUGUUUUGUCUUUUUUUUUGUUUUGGGUUUUGGGUUUUAUUCUCUCUGUCUCUCUCUCUGUCUCUCUCUGUCUUAGAGAUAGGGAGGGAGAUCGCUUUGGCGAACCGAGCUUGCAGCCAAUGAACCCGCCUUCCAGAUUGGUGUGAAGACAGAAGUGAGCUUCGUUCUAGGCGUAGCACGGCCAGGCAGAAGAAAAUGGGGCAAAGCGUGCUCCGGGCGGUCUUCUUUUUAGUCCUGGGGCUUUUGGGUCAUUCUCACGGAGGAUUCCCCAACACCAUCAGCAUAGGUGGACUUUUCAUGAGAAACACGGUGCAGGAGCACAGCGCUUUCCGCUUUGCUGUGCAGUUAUACAACACCAACCAGAACACCACCGAGAAGCCCUUCCAUUUGAAUUACCACGUAGAUCACUUGGAUUCUUCCAAUAGUUUUUCUGUGACUAAUGCUUUCUGCUCCCAGUUCUCGAGAGGGGUGUAUGCCAUCUUUGGAUUCUAUGACCAGAUGUCAAUGAACACUCUGACCUCCUUCUGUGGAGCUCUGCACACAUCCUUUGUCACACCCAGCUUCCCCACUGAUGCAGAUGUGCAGUUUGUCAUCCAGAUGCGCCCAGCCUUGAAGGGCGCUAUUCUGAGUCUUUUGGGUCACUACAAGUGGGAGAAGUUUGUGUACCUUUACGACACAGAAAGAGGAUUUUCCAUCCUCCAAGCGAUUAUGGAAGCAGCAGUGCAAAACAACUGGCAAGUGACAGCAAGGUCUGUGGGAAACAUAAAGGACGUCCAAGAAUUCAGGCGCAUCAUUGAAGAAAUGGACAGGAGGCAGGAAAAGCGAUACUUGAUUGACUGCGAAGUUGAAAGGAUUAACACAAUUUUGGAACAGGUUGUGAUCCUGGGGAAGCAUUCAAGGGGUUACCACUACAUGCUUGCUAACCUGGGUUUUACCGAUAUUUUGCUAGAAAGAGUCAUGCAUGGGGGAGCCAACAUUACAGGAUUCCAGAUUGUCAACAACGAAAACCCUAUGGUUCAGCAGUUCAUACAGCGCUGGGUGAGGCUGGAUGAAAGGGAAUUCCCUGAAGCCAAGAAUGCACCUCUAAAGUACACAUCUGCAUUGACGCACGAUGCGAUACUGGUCAUAGCAGAAGCUUUCCGCUAUCUGAGGAGGCAGCGAGUGGAUGUGUCCCGGAGAGGCAGUGCUGGAGACUGCUUAGCAAACCCUGCUGUGCCCUGGAGUCAAGGAAUUGAUAUCGAGAGAGCUCUGAAAAUGGUGCAAGUACAAGGAAUGACUGGAAACAUCCAAUUUGACACUUACGGACGUAGGACAAAUUAUACCAUCGAUGUGUAUGAAAUGAAAGUCACUGGCUCUCGGAAGGCUGGCUACUGGAAUGAGUAUGAAAGGUUUGUGCCUUUCUCAGAUCAGCAAAUCAGCAAUGACAGUGCAUCUGCAGAGAACCGGACCAUAGUAGUAACCACCAUUCUGGAAUCACCAUACGUAAUGUAUAAGAAGAAUCAUGAGCAACUGGAAGGAAAUGAGCGAUACGAAGGCUAUUGUGUAGACUUAGCCUAUGAAAUAGCCAAACAUGUAAGGAUCAAAUACAAAUUGUCCAUUGUCGGUGAUGGGAAAUACGGUGCAAGGGAUCCGGAGACUAAAAUAUGGAACGGCAUGGUUGGGGAACUUGUCUAUGGGAGGGCUGAUAUAGCUGUUGCUCCACUCACUAUAACGCUGGUCCGUGAAGAAGUCAUAGAUUUCUCAAAGCCGUUUAUGAGCCUGGGCAUCUCCAUCAUGAUAAAGAAGCCUCAGAAAUCAAAACCAGGAGUAUUCUCGUUUCUGGAUCCCUUGGCUUACGAAAUCUGGAUGUGCAUCGUCUUCGCUUACAUUGGAGUCAGUGUAGUUCUUUUCCUAGUCAGCAGAUUCAGCCCUUACGAAUGGCACUUGGAAGACAACAAUGAAGAACCUCGUGACCCGCAAAGCCCUCCUGAUCCUCCAAAUGAAUUUGGAAUAUUUAACAGUCUUUGGUUUUCCUUGGGUGCCUUUAUGCAGCAAGGAUGUGAUAUUUCUCCAAGAUCACUCUCCGGGCGCAUUGUUGGAGGGGUUUGGUGGUUCUUCACCCUGAUCAUAAUUUCUUCCUAUACGGCCAAUCUCGCUGCUUUCCUGACUGUGGAGAGGAUGGUUUCUCCCAUAGAGAGUGCUGAAGACUUAGCUAAGCAGACUGAAAUUGCAUAUGGGACCCUGGACUCCGGCUCAACAAAAGAAUUUUUCAGAAGAUCCAAGAUUGCUGUCUAUGAGAAAAUGUGGUCUUACAUGAAAUCAGCAGAGCCAUCUGUGUUUACCAAAACAACAGCAGACGGAGUGGCCCGAGUGCGGAAGUCCAAGGGCAAGUUCGCCUUCCUGCUGGAGUCAACCAUGAAUGAGUACAUUGAGCAGAGAAAACCGUGUGAUACGAUGAAAGUUGGUGGAAAUCUGGAUUCCAAAGGCUAUGGUGUGGCAACCCCUAAAGGCUCAGCAUUAAGAACGCCUGUAAACCUUGCAGUAUUGAAACUCAGUGAACAAGGCAUCUUAGACAAGCUGAAAAACAAAUGGUGGUACGAUAAGGGGGAAUGCGGAGCGAAGGACUCCGGGAGUAAGGACAAGACCAGCGCUCUGAGCCUGAGCAAUGUGGCAGGCGUUUUCUAUAUACUUGUCGGAGGUCUGGGGCUGGCCAUGAUGGUGGCUUUGAUAGAAUUCUGUUACAAAUCACGGGCAGAGUCCAAACGCAUGAAACUCACAAAGAACACCCAAAACUUUAAGCCUGCUCCUGCCACCAACACUCAAAAUUACGCUACAUACAGAGAAGGCUACAACGUGUAUGGAACAGAGAGUGUUAAGAUCUAGGGGUCCCUUCCCACUGGAGGCAAGUGACAAGAGGAAUCACCGAAAACGUGGCUGCUUCAAGGAUCCUGAGCCAGAUUUCACUCUCCUUGGUGUCGGGCAUGACACGAAUAUUGCUGAUGGUGCAAUGACCUUUCAAUAGGAAAAACUGAUUUUUUUUUUCCUUCAGUGCCUUAUGGAAUACUCUGAGACUUGCGACAAUGCAAAUCAUCAUUGAAAUCUUUUUGCUUUGCUUGAAAAAAUUAAAAUAAAAUCAACAAAAAAAUGGACAUGCAAGAUUCCAGUAUGCGAAAACUAAUCUUAUUUUAAAAAAAGUCAAUUCAACAAAAGCCAUCCUUUGAUACCACUGCACAGUAUACAAACACCAUGUUCUUUAACACACACACACACAGACAAAUUUCUUCUAGGCGUUUCUUCUAGGAUCUGCUGACCAGAUGUUCUUGGUAUCUCCUGUUGGUGGUGAUGUUCUGUGUGCCCUGUUUCCUUUCAACUUUGCUGAAAUGUGUAUAUCUUUAGAAGUAAAUGCAACACUUAAGAAAACUGAAACACUUUGGAAAAGGGACUGAACAGUGACUUCUGUGUUUUGAAAUGGUUUUGUGAAAAUGCUUUGCUAACUUCCCACUCGGUGAAGGGAUUCACAUAGCUUUCGAAACUGACUUGUGUGUAGCAAGGGACGGGCACUAUUAAGCAUACCUCUCGGUGCUUUCCUAAAAAUGGAUCCCGGGGCUUUCUGAGAAGCCUGGAAUUUCAGCUCACAGAUCUGUUUUUCUUGCUUCAGUGUGCGUUUUAAGUCACGAUAGCUGAGUAUUUAGCACUGAGGUGAGGGAAAUGCUGCCGACACUCCCAAAUGUGUUUGGAAUAUCUUUCUCAGAAACAACACUGUGUUUAGCUCUGCUUUCUCUGCUAAGUAUGCCUUUCAAGCGCACACCACGGGGACAGGACCGCAUUGCAAGGCGGGCCAGUGGGUUCAGACCACAGUUCUCAUCUGACUUUUACUCUUGCUAGGUCUGUCUUACCAGCUGUUGCCUGUGAUUGCCCAUGGCUCUCCGUCAGACUGCAUGUGUCCUUUUCUAGUUUGCAAAGACUAAAAUGCAUUCCCAAACCUACUGCUAAACCGAGGGCCUCAGCCUCAUUCCCAGGUCCAUGCUUGGAGCAGUCUCUCUACUGACUCCGAAGAUGGCUCCACUGCUCCACGGGCUAUCAAGUAACUAACUGCGUACCUGCCAUUGGCAUCAUCAGAUCAGUCAGAGGAAAUAGUCUCCGCUCACUAAUUACCUCCGAUAGAACGACGUAUGCUUUCUGUAGUUCAGUAGUUUGCUCUCAUCAGUGACGUGCACUGGGAAGUUUCCAGACAGUGAAAACUGGGAGCUCAAAUUCAUUUCCCAAGUGUGACCCUUAGAUGCUCUAGUUGACUUGCUGCACAUUUGCUCGUCUUCAGAAAAGAAAGGUAUAAGUCUCAUUUCCAAUGAAAAGUUUCCGGAAAAGUGUAAUAUAAACUUUCAUUCCAAAAAAUUGUGUCAUAAGCAAACGACUCACCUGUCAAAUUUUAAAUGGUAUUGAACAAAAAAGGAAAGCUGUUGUGUUUUUGUUUUGUUUUCACGAAACUGAUUUUUCAACUUCUGAAUGCUAUGAUGUUCCGGCGCGGGAAGCUAACCAACCUACACACAAACUUCUCAUAGGCACUGUUUAAAGAGAAGUGGAUGUUAGUUGACUCAAAUCAAUUUUUCAGAGAGGAAACUUCACUGGGAAUGAAGAGGCGGGUAAAUUGGUUUGUUAUUUUUUAAAAACUUGCAUGUUUAAAGAAACAUUGAUUGCUUCAAAUUUCUGCUACUAACUUCAAGCUACGGGAGUUUGGCGGUAGUCACUUGAAGAUUUUUUUUUCCAAUUAUUUUCUUUUUGUUGUUAAAGCUGUACUUCAGUGAACAGAAACAUUGCCAAGCAAACUAAUGGCCGUAAAAGCGUAAAUUGCAUGUGUGGGCGUAAAUUACGGAGCCUCAUUGCCAUGAGGUAUUGUACAAAGU